GCGGAGCGGGCCCGGGCCUGGGCCCGGGGCCGGCGCGGAGGCCCGAGGCCGGGGCUGCACCAUGUCGGACACCCGUCGGCGGGUGAAGGUCUACACCCUCAACGAGGAUCGGCAAUGGGACGACAGGGGCACCGGGCACGUCUCCUCCACCUACGUGGAGCGGCUGAAGGGGAUGUCGCUGCUGGUGCGCGCCGAGUCGGACGGUUCACUACUGUUAGAAUCGAAGAUAAAUCCAAAUACUGCAUAUCAAAAACAGCAGGACACCCUGAUUGUUUGGUCAGAAGCAGAAAACUAUGAUUUAGCACUGAGUUUUCAAGAAAAAGCUGGCUGUGAUGAAAUUUGGGAAAAAAUCUGCCAGGUUCAAGGUAAGGAUCCUUCAGUGGAAGUCACGCAGGACCUUAUUGAGUCAGAAGAGGAACACAUAGAAGAAAUGCCUGAAACUAGUCCUUUGAUCGACCUUCCUACUUGUGAACUCAACAAACUUGAAGAGAUUGCUGACCUAGUUACCUCUGUUCUCUCCUCACCCAUCCGUAGAGAAAAGCUAGCGCUGGCCUUGGAGAAUGAAGGCUAUAUUAAAAAACUGUUACAGCUUUUCCAAGUCUGCGAGAAUUUAGAGAACACUGAAGGCUUACAUCAUUUGUAUGAAAUUAUUAGAGGAAUUUUGUUCCUCAACAAAGCAACUCUGUUUGAGGUGAUGUUUUCUGAUGAGUGUAUUAUGGAUGUUGUUGGAUGCCUUGAGUAUGAUCCUUCUUUGGCUCAGCCAAAACGGCACAGGGAGUUCUUGACCAAAACAGCAAAAUUUAAGGAGGUUAUUCCUAUAACAGACUCUGAACUCAGGCAAAAAAUCCACCAGACUUACAGGGUACAGUAUAUUCAGGACAUCAUCUUGCCGACACCAUCUGUUUUUGAAGAGAAUUUUCUUUCUACCCUCACUUCCUUUAUUUUCUUCAACAAAGUUGAGAUUGUCAGUAUGUUGCAGGAAGAUGAGAAAUUUUUGUCUGAAGUUUUUGCACAAUUAACAGAUGAAGCUACAGAUGAUGACAAACGAUGUGAAUUGGUUAAUUUUUUCAAGGAAUUCUGCGCAUUUUCUCAGACGUUACAACCUCAGAACAGAGAUGCAUUUUUCAAAACUUUGGCAAAGUUGGGAAUUCUUCCAGCUCUUGAAAUUGUAAUGGGAAUGGAUGAUCUGCAAGUGAGAUCUGCUGCUACAGAUAUAUUUUCUUAUCUAGUAGAAUUUAGUCCAUCCAUGGUCCGAGAAUUUGUAAUGCAAGAGGCCCAACAGAGUGACGAUGAUAUCCUCCUCAUCAAUGUGGUCAUUGAGCAGAUGAUCUGCGAUACUGAUCCUGAACUUGGGGGAGCUGUUCAGUUAAUGGGGCUUUUGCGUACUCUGAUAGAUCCAGAGAAUAUGUUGGCCACAGCUAAUAAAACAGAAAAAAGUGAAUUUCUCAAUUUCUUCUACAACCAUUGUAUGCAUGUUCUUACUGCACCACUUCUGGCUAAUACAUCAGAAGAUAAAUGUGAAAAAGAUGCAGUAGUUGGGUCCACUAAGAGUAAUACAAUUUGUCCUGAUAAUUAUCAAACGGCACAACUACUUGCCUUAAUUUUGGAGCUGCUUACUUUUUGUGUGGAACACCACACGUAUCACAUCAAGAAUUACAUUAUGAACAAAGAUUUGCUAAGAAGAGUACUGGUCUUGAUGAAUUCAAAACACACAUUUCUGGCCUUGUGUGCUCUUCGCUUUAUGAGGAGAAUAAUUGGCCUAAAAGAUGAAUUUUAUAACCGUUACAUCACCAAGGGAAACCUGUUUGAACCAGUUAUAAAUGCUCUCUUGGAUAAUGGAACUAGGUACAAUCUGCUCAACUCUGCUGUGAUUGAGCUGUUUGAAUUCAUCAGAGUGGAAGAUAUUAAGUCCCUUAUUGCACAUAUAGUUGAAAACUUUUAUAAUGCACUUGAAUCUAUCGAAUAUGUUCAGACAUUCAAGGGACUGAAGACAAAAUACGAGCAAGAAAAAGACCGACAAAACCAGAAACUGAACAGUGUUCCAUCUAUAUUGCGUAGCAAUAGAUUUCGCAGAGAUGCAAGAGCCUUAGAGGAGGAUGAAGAAAUGUGGUUCAAUGAAGACGAAGAGGAAGAAGGUGAAGCUGUUGUACCUCCAGUUGAGAAGUCAAAACAGGAGGAUGAUUUUCCAGAUAGCUAUGAAAAAUUUAUGGAAACUAAGAAAGCUAAGGAGAGUGAAGACAAAGAGAAUCUUCCAAAAAGGACUUCAGCUGGGGGAUUCAAAUUCACUUUUUCCCACUCAGCCAGCGCAGCCAAUGGUGCAAAUGGUGCAAACAGUAAAUCCGUGGCAGCUCAGACGUCACCAGCAAGCUCCAACGGCUCCUCUUCAAAGAACGCAACCCUGACCACAGCGGUGACAGCCACGAAGGGAAGUCUAGUUGGCCUAGUGGAUUAUCCUGAUGAUGAAGAUGAUGAUGAAGAGGAGGAGACAUCUCCAAGGAAAAGACCUCGCCUGGGUUCAUAAAUGAAACCAAAACUUUGGAAUAAAAACUUUUAUUAUGGGGUUUCAAAUGCUGCAACUGUUUUAAGAGCUAAAAAGGAUCUGAUUCAGAAAGCUUUCUCCCACGAGUAUAUAAGAUAAUACAAGGAGUAGCAAGAGAAACUCAGUAUAUCAGCUAGAAAGGGUUAGUUCUGUAAACACAAAGCUUCCAAGGAACUUAAUAUCUUUCUAGUAAGUAAGGAGUCUGCCAUUCAGGCUGUCAAAAAAAUAAAAAAUUAAAAAAAAAAAAGUGGGUUAGUAUUCACAGAACCUGGAUGAUGGCUUCUCAGCAAGGAAAGUCUCAGGUGUCGG